UCGUUUUCUUCUCGUCCGCGUUAUCCAACAUGGCUGCGCCCAGGAGACGGGCGCCGCUCCGUCAGCAGCGAUGGAAAGUUAAAGAUUUCUUUACGUUUGAAACAUAUUCUCCGUUUAUAUUUGACCCACAGUAUUCAUUUGCUGCGAUGCUAUUUUUGUUUAUGUCGGAGAUUGUUGUAAACAUAUUUGUAAUACAUAAAGUUAAAUACACAGAAAUUGACUGGGUGGCUUACAUGCAGGAAGUGGAAGGUGUCAUUAAUGGAACGUAUGACUACAUGCAACUGAAAGGAGACACAGGACCACUAGUCUAUCCUGCUGGGUUUGUGUACAUUUUCACAGCAUUGUACUACAUUACCAGCCUGGGUGCAAAUAUUCGCCUGGGGCAGUAUCUAUUUGCAGCAUUGUACUGCGGAAAUCUGCUCUUAGUUUUUAACAUAUAUAGAAAAACUUGUAAGGUCCCACCAUACGUGUUCUUCUUCAUGUGUUGUGCGUCCUACAGAAUCCACUCCAUUUAUGUCCUGAGGAUGUUCAAUGACCCUGUGGCCAUGUGCUUACUUUACCUGGCAGUCAACCUAUUUAUUUACAACCACUGGGCCUGGGGCUGUCUGGUUUAUAGUCUUGCAGUAUCUGUGAAGAUGAAUGUUUUACUGUUCUCCCCAGCCCUGCUGAUGUUGCUCCUUGUCUCUCAGGGAUGGCUGAAAACAGUAUAUCAUCUUGUCAUUUGUGCUACAGUACAGCUGGUGCUAGCUCUGCCUUUCUUAGCUGCCAACCCUGUUGGUUACAUUGUCAGAUCAUUUGACCUAGGACGGCAGUUCUUCUACAAAUGGACAGUCAAUUGGAGGUUUCUUCCAGAGGAGCUCUUCUUGAAUAGAUAUUUUCACCUGGUGCUGUUGCUCCUGCACAUUGUUGCCUUGGUAACAUUCCUGUCCAAAAGAUGGAGCAGGUCAUAUGGUGGUGCCUCAUCUUUACUCUCAAGAUCACCAAUACAUCCUGUCCUAAACAGCAACCAGAUUGUCCUGCCUCUGUUCGCUGCUAAUUUCAUAGGCAUGUGUUUCAGCAGGUCUCUCCAUUACCAGUUCUAUGUCUGGUACUUCCAUACACUCCACUAUCUGCUCUGGUCAACACAGAUGUCUGUCAAGUACAGGUUGUUAAUCUUGGGUGUCAUAGAACUCUGCUGGAACACGUAUCCCUCCACAGUAUUCAGCAGUGCAGCCCUCCAUGUGUGCCAUGCCAUACUUCUGGGGGGACUUUGGUAUUCUGAGACCACAGAGAAACCAAAGACAGCUGCCCAGAAAAUGGAGUAAAGCAAGAAGCAGAAUGUUCACUCUGGUACUGUUUGAGUUCACAAAAAAUAAAUAACAAACUUUAAGAAAUGGAGUAAUGCAAGAAGUGGAGUUUUUUACUCUGGUACUCUGGGGCCACAGAGAAACCAAAGACAGCCUUUUAGAAAAUGGAGUAAAGCAAGAAGCAGGAUGCUGAUUCUGGUACUUUUUAGUUUACAAAAAAAAAAACUUUCAAGACAGCCAUCCAGAAAAAAUUCUUUGAGUUCGCACGCAUGCACACACACACACACAGACACACACACAUACACAAAAUAAAUAAAUUAAUUAAUUAAAAAUAUAAGAAAUAGGAAAUGGAGUAACGCAAGAAGUAGAAUGUUGUCUCUGAGUCUCUGAAACUCUGAGUUCACAAAAAAAAAGAGAAAAACUUUAAUACAGAAAAUGGUGAAAAGCAAGAAGCAAAAUGUUCACUUGAGUACUCUGAGGUUGCAGAGAAACCAAAGUGAAAUGAAAGAUGGCCACCCAGAAAGAAAGGGAUAUUCAUUAUAGAAUUGCUGCAUUUUCAAUGUUUUCAUGAUGUUUAGUAUUGAGUAGCUAUAUAUAUACAUGUACAUGUAUCUUCUAGUAGAGAUUGCUGUUUCUGACAUGUCCAACGCGAAAAAUGUACAGUGUUGAGUCAUCAGUGCAAUACCUGAUUUAAGGUAAAAUUGUUUUUUGUUGUAUAGCAAUUAACUUUGAAGAAUUGACGUGUCCCAUUCUUUAAAUGUUUUUUAAUUGUUUAAAUUAAAGAAAUACAUUUUAUUGUCAUGCCCACCGGAUAAUAUGCAUAAGUAUGUACUUCGUUGUAUUUAUUUAUCAGUUAAAUGGUUCGUUUCUAUAUGAAAUGAGUGGUUUUAAAGCUGUAAAUUAAGAGACAUUUUUGCAAUACCUAUGUGACAAAAAUUUAAUUGUGCCAUACUCGUCUAGGACACUACUAAUAAAAAAUUAAUUUCUCACUAGAUUUAUACAAACAGUAAGAUUUUGCUUAUCAUUCUCAACUAUUAAAUUGGAAAAUUCGUUUUUAUCAAUCGCUUGGACAAUAAAAGGAUCUCAUAAAUUUAAUGUAUUCAGUAAAUCCUAAGCUGUUUGAAAUAUGUGAGAAAUUAUCGUAUUUGGUUUAUCGGUAAAACACGGAGGGCCCCAUUCCAAUAGACACUAUCAGUGUACGUAGAUCCAACUCACACUCGUAAAAAUUAGAAUAAACUUUCGUGUUCAACAAUUAUUAUAAUACGCAAGCUAAUUCACUAUUCUCUUAUUGCCAAGAAGGUUACAUGUAUGACUCUGUCUUCGACUUUCAGCAUUUUAGAGGUCUUGGCUGAAUUAACCGAGAUAUAGUCGAGAAUUAUUUUCAGAUUUUUUUUUGCAGUUGACCUUCCCUCUUAUAACUGUGUAUUAUAAAGAAUCUAAGUAAGGCUGGGACAACAAGUUCGGUCUCUAUAGGUCUCACAGCCUUGUAUCAUAAAUAAUUUUUAAAUUUUUAAAUUGUUAAAACAGUUCAUAAAACAUUUUUCGGAUGAAUGUACUGCUGCUUAAUUAUUUCAAGCUGAAGUCACGUACUAAUCGAAGACCAUGAGCAUGUAGCACAAGAAAGGCAUUUUAAAUAAUGUUUUUGUAUCAGAUAUGGUGAUGUAUGAUGAUGAUGUAACCACAAAGAGAUAAUUUAUAGGGAAAUAUUCUUAUUUUCAUUUUAAGCAGGUACUAUGUAAGAAGCGAGGGCCGUGAUCCUU